UUGAGCUCGCUUGAGUGCUGAUAGAAUAGCAGUUAGCCCUCCUGUUCCUGCGGACAGCUAGGGGCUUUCUUUAAGUGAAUUUUCCGUAAAGUAAAAUAAAGCUCUGCGUGACAUCGAGCGGUUCACGCGCGCGCUCUAACAACACACUGACAAUAAGCGGGAGUUGCUUUUCUUCCUUUAACUGUUAAAGAGACUCCGGAAUUAGAAGGAACAUCGGGUCAAACUGGCAUAUGACAACAAAAUAUCACUGCAUUCUGUGAGAACGCGCAGUUUUGUUCUCGUUCGUGUAGCUGUCUUGAUCUGACAUAACGACGUUUUGAUCAAUAGCCCCGUGAAUGUGCUGUGGCUCUGGCAGUUCUUUUGUCACGACAGUGACUUGCUGCUUGUGAUGGUUGUGUGCGGUGACGUUGUGGCGCUUUGUCCGUGGCUAUUGGCGAGGUGCGCUGGAGAGAUAGUUGUAUUACAUCAGUGCACCAAGUGACUAGGAGUGCGACAUAGAGAGGAGGAAGACAGUGGGAUCUGACCGUGUCUGGGUGAAUGUUGGAGAGGUGUUAAUGUUCGUUGAGAUUUGCACUAGUCGCUCAAGAAGCGUUCAGCACCAGUUAGAGUAGAAGAGACGCAUUCAUGGAAUGCGACUGUGACCGCGUCCAACUGCUUAUCUAACUUUGAACUAGUGAGUACCGGGGGAGAGAAGAAGGCUGGAAGAGGCGAUGACGGAGACAAGCCUGGAGCCGAUGUCCGUCCUGGACGUUGCCAUUGAUCCGGACUUUGAGCCGCAAACGCGGCCGAGAUCAUGCACUUGGCCGCUGCCGGAGUCCAGCUCGGUGAAGCCAGCGUCCCAUGACACUGACAUCAUCCCCGAGGAAGAGGAUGAGGAGGAUGACAGCGCAAUGGCAAUCAACGCCAAUGGCACGGGUGCAAGAGAGGACAGCGGCAGUCCAAGCCUGGCCGAGGGACUGCUUGUCACAAGCGGUCAGGAGAACAUGGGUUCCCCGCUCUCCUCACAAUCCCCUCCCGCGACCACAUCGAGCCCGGGGGUGAGCGGCCAGGGCAGCCAACAGCAAACUCCCCGGAAGUCAUCCGCGCGUAGGAACGCCUGGGGCAAUCUGUCAUACGCAGACCUAAUUACUAAAGCCAUAGAGAGUGCCCCAGACAAGAGACUGACACUGUCCCAGAUCUAUGACUGGAUGGUCAGAAGCGUCCCGUACUUUAAAGACAAAGGCGACAGCAACAGCUCAGCUGGUUGGAAGAACUCCAUCCGGCAUAAUCUGUCCUUGCAUAGCCGUUUCAUCCGUGUACAGAAUGAGGGAACUGGAAAGAGCUCUUGGUGGAUGAUCAAUCCUGAAGGGGGGCGGGGAGGCAAAGCACCAAGGCGACGUGCAGUCUCCAUGGACAAUGGUAACAAAUACACGAAGAGUGCACGAGGGCGUGCGGCCAAGAAAAAGGCAGCAUUGCAGGCUGCCCAAGAGGGUUCGCUGGAGAAUGUAUCUGGUGGAGGUCUUUCCAAGUGGCCAGGAAGUCCCACUUCCCGGAGCAGUGAUGAACUGGAAACCUGUUGGACUGACUUUCGCUCGCGAACAAACUCCAAUGCUAGCACCGUGAGUGGACGUCUGUCACCCAUUCUGGCCAACCCAGAGCUUGAUGAUGUCCCAGAUGGCCCACCCCUUUCCCCAAUGCUCUACUCCAGCCCCAGCAGCCUCUCUCCUCCCUCAUCCUCCUCGUCCAACUCCAAAACCUGCCCAGCUGAACUUCCAGGGCUAGCUGACCUGACUGGCACAAUGAAUCUCAAUGAGGCUGACAACCUAAUGGACGAUCUGUUGGACAACAUCACCACACAAGUACAGGCAGUUCAAGGGUCUUCUGCUUUCAGUUUUGGAUCCAAAAACACAGCAUCUCCUCCUAGCUCCACUUCAUCCCAAACUGUGGGCAACAACAGUGGAGGAUUCAGUAUCAUCCUGCCUUCGACAGGAGGGCUACGUCAGUCACCCAUGCAAACCAUCCAGGAAAACAAGCAAACGACAUUCUCUAGUAUUUCUUGUUUUGGGAACUCUCUUCAAGAGCUGCUGAACUCUGAUUCCUUGGUCUCUCACAGUCAUAGUGAUGUCAUGAUGACGCAGUCAGACCCACUCAUAUCACAGGCCAGUGCUGCAGUCACCUCUCAGAACUCCCGCCUCCGCAAUGGCCUUAUGCUCCGUAAUGAUCCCAUGAUGUCAUCAUUUAGUUCUGUGCUAAAUGGACGAAGUAGCCUUUUCCAGAACAAGCAACAUCAUCAGGGGUCCAGUGCCAAGGGUUCUUUGCGUUCCCUCUCCAACAACAGGGUGCAAAGUCUUGCUAAUGAUGCUAAUAAUUUAGUCUCUGCGAAGCAGCACCUCCAGCCACAACCCUCCAUGUUGAUGACUGAGACUUCACUUUACUCUGGGCUGAAUGGAAGUAUUGGGAUGGGGAUCUGUCACCCCUCAGGAACAGACCGUUUUCCCUCAGACUUGGACCUAGACAUUUUUAAUGGGAGUCUGGAUUGUGAUGUGGAUUCGAUAAUCCGCUCAGAACUAAUGGACUCUGAUGGACUGGAUUUUAACUUUGAUGCAUUGGUGCAAAAUGCUGUUAGUCUGAAUCCUGUGGGAAACUUCACCGGGACAAAGCAGUCCAAUCAAAGUUGGAUACCCGGCUGACAGCUGUCACAUAGGCUCCGAACUGCAAAGAAAACAACAAAUAAAAGAAUAACAACUACAAAAAACAAAAACAAAAAAAAACCUGCACAAAAACCCAUCCAACACAGACUUGAAGUAUCCUUUGCCAAGUUUGUUGUCUGCGGCAAGCACUGGAUGAUAUGCCUGUUUACAGGUCUACCUGAUUGCAACAUCCUGAAGAACUUCACCUACAGUUCAGCAGACCAAGACUAUAACAAUAGACAGCCCAAUGGAGAGACACAAACUAACAGUGAACUGACAGAUCAUUAUGCAACAUCAUGCAAUGUUUGAAAGGAAUCCCAUUGUUAGUGAAGUCAUUUAAAAGGCCUGUAGUAACUACUAUCAUUGAUAAAAGUAGUUUCCUUGGUUGGGUUCUCUAUAUUCUUCCUCUGUUUUCCCUAACAUAAAUGAUUGGUUAGUUUUGUCAUCUUCUAUGCACUAACUGUGUUGUCAUUGAUCAAUAUAAGAAUACAGUUAAAAGGUCGAGAGUUAAAGCUGAAGUAUGUAACUUUUUCUGUUUAAAUACUUUCUCCUAUCCCAGCUUAAUAUGGAGAGACAAAUAUUAGUAAGCCAUUCAAAGGUUAAUUUUCUCGAAAACUGUAAACACUGUUUUUGUUGCGCUAGGAAAAUUGUUCCUUUGUUUUGAGCAACCCGCUUAGACCCAACACUGUUACUCAACCAACAGUGUGAGUUGGGGGUGGGAAUCUUUCUUUGUUUGACAAACGUAUUCAGAAAGCUGUUUGGAAAACAAAGUUUAUUUUUGCAAUUCCGUUUGGAGGCGCAGAAAUUACAUACUUCAGCUUUAACCUGGAACAUUUCAGCUCAGGUGGAUUAAUAUAGAGCACUUCAUCCUGUGCUUUUAUUUUUAAUUCACUGUUACCAUACAGUAGUUAGUUCCCAGUCUGAAAUAUAGUUGCCUCAUAACAACAUACAUAAGUUUUUGUGACAGAAUAUAACCAUAUAAGGAGUAAUUACUUGUGUGUGAUGUCUGUAACUGUAAAAAAAAAAAAAAAAAAGAGUGGUACAUUGAAAGCUUGUCAGGUGGAGGCAUCUUAUUUAGCCAGCAAAGUUAUGUCUGGACUUUUUGCAUUUAAAUGUAGCCAAAAGUAAUGAAUAAAUAAAUAUUUACUUGCAUUUGUGGACAUUUUCAUGCCAUACCAGGUGCUAAAUUAUCAGUGUUCAGCCCUGUACUUUAUUAAGGCCAUCUGUGUUUCCCUGGCCACAAGGACAUAGCAUAAAUGAUUAUCAUUAGCAAUUAGCAUUAUGGCAGCAUUCAUAGGUAGAUGGGCCUUUCCUCUGGAAGCCAUCUUUACUGAGCAAAACAAUAAGCUAUCUUUUGUAUAUUGCCAAAUUACUUGAAAAUGUAGGAGAUGCUGGCAGCCAAAAUCACAAAACACAGUGAAAUUUGGGGACUUUUCAGUCCCUGUUUGCUAAAUGCAUCACUAUUGCUCAGGGGAGAGUGGGGUCUCCAUUUCAACAUCAGGGCCUCCUCUUGAAUUUACUGCAACCUGGCUGUAUUCAAUUUUAAUAUGUUUUAUGAACAUUUGUACACGAACAACAGUCUUCUAAAGCAGGAAGAUGAAACAACAGGAAUCCAUCCUGUGUUUGUCAGUUAAUUGAUAUGUUUAUGGGGGGUUGUCACUUUAUUAAUUUUUUUCUCCAUUGUGCUCUACUAUUAUCACAAAUCAUGUACAAAUUCUGAUGUUCUGUGUUUUUGUCUCUUUAAAGAGGGUUACCCUUCACUGCAUACAUCCAUGUAUGCACGCACGCAUGUAAAUGUACAUAUGCAUCAUGUGAAAUGCAUAUAUAUGUAUACAUCCUGCUAUACUUGUGUAAUGUAGUGAUAGUGCAGAUAUAUCUUUCAAACUUCAUGUAUUGAACAAAAUUUAUGUCAUUUUUACAUUGGGAGUUGGACAGAUAUGGUUUAUAACAGGGGUGCCAAACUCAUUUUAGGUCAUGGGCCGGAUCAUACAAAAUGUCACCUUAUGUGGCUGAUUUUUUUUCUUUUUAAUUUGACAAAUCUUGGUGUACACAUGGAGAGUGCAUGCACAAUACAUGAUCUUUUUGAGCUAAUACGAUCCAGAAUCAACUUUUAUGCUGAUUUAAUCAUUAAUAUUGGGGUAAAACUAAAUGUAGCACAUGGAAUUUACAAACUUCAAUCACCAAAGGCCUUUCAAUUACAUAUAUAUAUACAAAAUUGGUAAUAAUUUUAAUUUUGUAAUUAACUAUUUCAACCAUUUAAAUUACAGGUCUUCUUCUCAUUCUGACAGCACUGAAUCAGUAUUAAUUUAUCAUAGCUUGUCUAAUAACUAUUUAGUGGAGACUUGGAAACAAUUGAGAAAUUCAUUCAUACCCCAAUAUUUUCCGUACCUGUCUAUGUUUGUCGUUAUUGCCAUAAGCAACUCACACAAAUUGUAGGAAAAUAAAGUGGGUUGCCCUGAGACAGUUUUGCCACCCACAGAUCCAGUAAACUCAUGCAUAUGCGUGAGUUACUAAUGAAAGUUCUACCACUUUGGUAGAUGCAAGCUAUAACAUGCAGCACAACCAUUUAAAUCGUUUUCUUAAUCUUGCUGUAGGACAAAAGUAGAAUAAGUACAUGGGUUCAUCACAUGGAUACAAUAAAUGAAUGUGUUUUUUAGCAUAAUAAUUUUUUUUCCUCAAAUCAUCUCGCAAGCCAUGUGUUUGACACCCCUGGUUUAUAGCAUGAUAUACCCACACCCUACAGCUUCUUCCUUCAUCAUAUUUAUUCAGUUUUCCAGACACACUCACACUGUAACUUACAUUAUCUAAUAUGCAAUAAAUUCAUAGAUUGAAAAGUCAUCCAUAGAAGACAGCUGAACCUUGUAAAUUGAUUCAGAGACCCCAAAUAUUGUAAUUGUCUCAAAAACGGCCUUGCAUGUAAGCUUACAUCUCCUUUUUCCAAAUAAGACAGAGACAGAGACCUGUCUUCCCAUUUACAACCAGUCACAUCCUUAAAACAUUACAGGUGUUAUUUAGUAUACCUUUGGUGAUAUUCAGCAAAUACCACUAAUACUGCAUCUUAUUAUCUUGAGUGUAGCCUUCCUCCUUCAUCUUCUACCGCUUAUUUGCCUACCUUUGCUCUUUGACCCCUUUAUCUUAUAGUCAUAUGGCUUCUCUACUAGAUGUUUGUGGGUAUUUUUUCCUGUGUACUCCAAUUUGAAUUGUAAUCAAGUUUGUAAAAGAAAUGGUGCACAUGUAAAUAAAGCUUGGUUGAGCUAUA